AUGCGGCCCCUUUGGCUUGCACAUGUCCAGCACGCAGGGGUUUUUAUAGCAUCUCUUCUGGAAGCCUACAAUUUUUCUCACUCAAAAUGUUGGCCCGAUAGAAUACCUGGCCAAAUUUUAAGUGCGGUGUAUUCAACUUGGAUUACCUCGAUCUAUCAUGUGACCGGAAGAUGGCCUUAUCCAUAUUUUCCUACGACAAAGUGGUUUUUGCUGAAUUUUCUUAUCGUGGAGACGGCUGGUUCGCUUUUUACUGCAAUGUACUUUUCAUUCUUUUUGUUUCUUGAAAAGGUGAUUUUGAAACUGAGGCUGAAACUUUCUCUUGGAAUAAAUUUAUAA